CGCCUGCGCGGUUGCUCCUCUCCCUCCCUCCCGGCGGAGUCGGCCAUCUUGCCGUCGGCGGCCAAGGACGCGGGCGCUGAGGGAGAAUUGUCAUAAUGUCCUCCGCACUGUUGCCCAAACCACAGAUGCGUGGCCUUCUGGCCAAACGCCUGAGAUUUCACAUUGUUGGAGCCUUUACUGUAUCCAUGGGACUGGCUGCUCUAUAUAAGUUUGGAGUGGCUGAACCUAGAAAAAAGGCAUAUGCGGAUUUCUACAGAAAUUAUGAUUCGAUGAAAGACUUUGAAGACAUGAGAAAGGCUGGCAUCUUCCAGAGUGUGGGACCCAAAUGAUCAUGCAGGCUCCGAGGAGGCUGAAGUCAUGGAGGCUUUAUCAUUUACCUGUUUCUUGAACUGUAGAAUUGAAUGCAUGGACAUGCUGGUAUGGAAGUAUAUCUUGAUAAAUAAAUACUUAAACCUUUAA